GUUGCUGCAGAUGAGGCUCCCUCCACUCGAACACGUGAUGUCGGCCCGAUGUCACUGGCUGGCGCCGGAAUGUGGCAUCUGCGUUGGCCAUUGGAGGGGCAUUGCUGGCCUGGCCUUAAUUUCAGCCCACCCACGACCGCUUCGCACUCUACGCUCCGUUCUCAAAAGCCAUGUUCUCGUCUGUCCGCCAGGGUCUCCGCACUGCUUCGCGCCACGGUGUCCGUGCGCUCUCCACGCAGCCCGCCCGCACCGCGCCCCGCUACGCCGGUGCCGUCGCUGCCGGUGCCGGUGUUGCGGCGUUCGCGCUCUACCAGCUCAACAACACCGUUAAGCUGGAGGGCAAGCCCACCAUCGCUGGCGAGUACAAGACCGCGUCGGAGCGCUCGUUCAUCAUGAUCAAGCCUGACGGCGUCUCGCGCCAGCUCGUUGGCAAGAUCAUCGACAAGUUCGAGAGCCGCGGCUACAAGCUCGUUGCGCUCAAGACUGUCACUCCCUCGAAGGAGCUCGCGCAGGAGCACUACGCCGACCUCUCGUCGCGCCCCUUCUUCCCCGGACUCGUGUCGUACAUCACCUCGGGUGUCCCUGUCGUCGCCAUGGUCUGGGAGGGCAAGGACGUCAUCAAGCAGGGUCGCCGCAUCGUAGGUGCCACCAACCCGCUUGAGGCCGACCCCGGAUCGGUCCGUGGCCAGUACGCCGUCAGCGUCGGCCGUAACCUCAUCCACGCGUCGGACUCGUUCGACUCGGCCACCAAGGAGAUCGGCCUCUGGUUCAAGGAGAGCGAGCUCUCCAACUACGAGACCGCCGCCUGGGGCUGGAUCAUGGCCGACAACUAGGCCUAGGACUAGGCCGGAACAAUGAAUCAAAACUCG